AUGGCCGAGAUCGCCUCCGUAGUCCCGGAGCUUGAUGCGCCCGGGCCUGGGAAGGCAGAAGGUGGGGUGUCAAAGGCCGAGAAGGAAGGGAAGCGACCGCCGCUGAGCACUUUCAAGACCUAUGUGAACUUGGUGACGGUGGUGAUCGGCGCGGGCAUCAUGGCCCUGCCUCAGCUACCUCGUCGAAGCGGCUGGGUUCUAAGUUCCCUGAUUCUGGUCUUGGUUCUCGUGUCCUCUGCGGAGAGUGGCUUACAAAUGUGGAAGGCCUUCAUGGCAAGUCGGGGCAGCUUUGAGAUGUUGACUUUCGGAGACUUGGGACGGGAGGCCUGGGGUCCUCGGGGCGAGAUCCUCGCAAAUCUGGUGACCAACGUCUUCCUCUUCGGCAUCUAUUCGGCUUACGCCGUGCUGAUUGGAAUGCAGCUUGAAAACAUCAGUCAGCAAGCCUUGGAGAAGCGAUUCUGGACCCUGAUCCUCUACCCGGUCUUUGUAGCCCUGGCACUGGCUCCGAAUCUCUCCGCUCUCUCAAAGCUCGUGCCCCUGGGUAUGCUGGCCGCCUGCGCCACGGCGGCCUUCAUCGUUAGCAAGUCCCUGGCAGACGCGUCUCACUGGCAGACAUGGGACCAACAGAUACACUCAGCGUGGCCGCAGGAGUCCCUAUUGUCGCUUGGGGUCGUGUUGGCGACCUGCAUCGGCGCUGUGGCCUUCCAGCCCGUGGUUCCAGCCGUCCUGCAAGACAUGGGGAAGCCGGAGACAUUUCCUCGAGCCAUGCUGGCUGCCAUGGUCACCUGUGGCUGCCUCUAUCUAGCGGUGAUGCUCUGCGGCUACCACGGCUACGGUGCCUUCAUUCUGAAUGACAUCGUGCAAUCCAUGACCCACUCGCCGAAAGACUUUCAAGAAGCCUUCGACGAGGAGCUCGAGGCCUGGGACUGGACCGGAGAAAAGAGCCUCUGGGUUCCAGCGCUGGUCUCGAGCCUCGUGCUCGUUAACAUCGUCUUGAGCAUGCCUAUCAUCAUCAUGGCGGUCUUCUAUUCCGUUCAGGAGUCCAAAGCGCUGGCCCCUCAUGUGAAGCCCGGCUCGUGGGCCAACUGGGUCAUGCGUGCGACGCUGGUCACGAUUGCCGUCGUCAUCGCCAUGUGUGUUCCGCGCUUCACGUUG